UCCGCGCUGGACUCCAUUUAUCUUUCUUCCGCAAUGAGUAUCGAAUGUAGUGAAGCUUCGAUACAGUACGUCCCAUCACUGCCGGAGUCAAACAUAAUUCAUUCAAUUCUUUUGUGCCGAUAACCUCGUUUUGGUGCACUUUUAAGGCUUCUCCGGCUAUUUAGUUUAGCCUUAGCUUAGCCUAGCCUAGCAGCCGCGAACAAAGAGACGUUGGUUGUGAGCAACACAUCGCUCGGCAGAGAUCGAAUGUGAGUGUGACGCGUUGUGAUGAUCUUGUGAACAUGUGUGCAAAAGGUGUGAAAGAAGAAGAGUACGAGGAGCAACUUUGUGGACCAAGAGAGGAAAGCGAGCCACAACGUCAACUGGUUCUCGAGCAACCUCGUGUUGUGUUACGCAGAGCAGACGUCAGUGACGAACGUAUUGGUCUUAAGCGGCAGGUGUCAGAGCCCGCUCACAUUGAAGAGGAAAAGGAGCUGGAAACGUCCUGUACGAAAGAGGAAGACGAGGCCGAUGUCACUAAGAUGCGAGGUACGCUUGACCCUUUGAGGAGUGAAUAUGAUGGAGACAAAGUUGAAAGUGAGGAGAGCAGAGGGGCGGAGCCUCAGAGCAGCAGCUCAAGUCAACACGGGACUUCAGAAUGCGAUAGAGACCGCUGCGGAGGAUCGCCGGCAGACAGCCUGUUCGCGCCACUGUCAGAUAGUGACGACAUGACGUCACACUCUUCCUUCACUGACGAUGAACUCCCUAAAGACGACAUGACACGUCACGAUGACAACACAUGCUGGAAAUGUUCUCAGUGUGACAAAACCUUUGUCUACAAGUCUGUUUUUAAAAAGCACACGAUGAUCCACACCGGAGAGAAACCUUUUGCCUGCUCUGUUUGCGGCAAAAGAUUCACUCAAAGGGCCAAUUUGACGACACACGCAAGAACCCAUACUGGAGAGAAACCUUUUACCUGCCAAAUUUGUGCUACCAGCUUCUCUGCUAAGGGAAGCUUAAGAUCACACGCAAGAACCCACACUGGAGAGACACCUUUUGUUUGCUCAUUUUGUGGUAAACGCUUCACUCAAAGGGGAAGGUUAACAGACCACACAAGAACACACACUGGGGAAAAACCUUUUGCCUGCGCAGAUUGUGGCAAACGUUUCUCUCUAAAGGGAGAUUUAAGAAGGCACACGAGAACCCACACCGGGGAGAGACCUUUUUCCUGCUCAGUUUGCGGUAAAACGUUCUCUGUAAACGGACGUUUAACGAGGCACACGAGAACGCACACUGGGGAGAAACCUUUUGUCUGUUCAGUCUGUGGUAAGCGCUUCACUGAAAGGGAUACUUUGAAGAGGCACAAACGAACACACACCGGAGAGAAAGCCACUGGUCCGGCGUGUGACUUUAGUUCAAAAUUGCAAAAUCUUCAUCCUGAGCAGAAUGAGAGGAGCUCCGCGGUGGAGUCCCCCCAUAAUAAAGAGGAAGAGAAGCCAGAGCCACCUCCCAUUAAAAUGGAGGAGGAGGAGGAUACCAAGAUCCCAUUGACUUGUGUCGUUGCGAAGCGUGACGACGACGAAGACGACGGGCAAAUCGAGCAGACCUAAGGGCAGGGACCGAGCCUCCGAGCCGCCGAGCCGCCGAGCAGCGGCUCAAGUCGACGCGUGACAACAGAAGAAGAUGGAGACAACUGCGGAAGAUCACAAGCAGAGACACAACGUCGAGAUGCUGCACAGCACUGAGUCAGGGCCUUUUAAGAGUUUUGAAUGACAUCCUCCUGGCUAAUGACUCCGGGGGAUUAUGUUUGUCUUGUGCUGCUGGACCUGACUGCAGCAUUUGCUACUGUGGACCACGAGAUCAUUCUGGCUCGUUGGCAGCACCUGGAGGCCACAGGUGGUAGUGCUCUUGAGUGGUUUCGAUCCGAUCUGGCUGGCAAAAAACUCUUGCCUCGCUCGCUUGGAGUCCCACUCUACCCAACUGUCGUAUGGGGUUCCACAAGGUUCUACUUUGGCCCUCCUGGUGAUUUCUUUAUAUUUACUGCCACUGGGUUAGAUCCCGAGAAAGCAUGGGAUUUAUUUUCGUUGUUUUGUGCAUGAUAGUCACAUCGAUGUUCCCCUGAAGAAAAAGGUUUCGAGUUUUGCUUGAGGACAGUUCGACGGUCCUGGUCGCGGUUCAAUUGUAUUUUUAUAGAACGUACAGCACUUUGGGUGCAGCUGUGUUUGUUUGAAAGUGCUCUAUCCAUAAAGUUGAGUUGCGUUGAGGGUGUGUUUGUGUUUGGGUUUGGGUUUGGGUUUGUUCGUGGGGAUCGCAGGGGUGGGUUUUUGUGUUUUUGUGUUUUUGUAUUUUUGUAUUUCUGCGGAGGAGAGGACGGGAUGCGGAGUGACCAGUCACGAUCAUUUUUACAUCUGCAAAGUUGCAAAUUGUAACCGUGUAUUAUCACAUUAUUAUAUAUUCUGAGAUUUUUUUUAUCCAUUAUUAUAGCUUACGUAUGAUUUGAAUGUAAGCCCGCUGAAUAUAUAAAGCCUCGAAUGGACAU